UGUGUCUGCCUGCCUGCCAGAGAGGGGAGUCGAGAGCUCUGCUGGGAGCUACAUGGUGCUCAAUUUUUCAAGAUGUCGUCGCUGGAGCAGAGGCUGUCGCGAAUCGAGGAGAAGCUAAAGCAGGAGAACGAGGAAGCCCGCCGGAGAAUCGACCUCAGCAUCGACAUGAGUCCGCAGCGAUCACGCCCGAGGCCCAUCAUCGUGAUCCAGCUCAGUCCUGCUCCAGCCCCUUCCCAGCGCGCAGCGCUCCAGCUGCCCCUGGCCAACGAUGGAGGCAGUCGUUCGUCAUCUUCAGAGAGCUCGCCCCAGCACCACCCCUACCCCAGCCGCCCGCGACACAUGCUCACCCUGCCCACACCUCCGUAUGGCCUACAGAAGAGUCUAGAGAAUGCAGAGAUUGACCAGAAAUUGCAGGAGAUCAUGAAACAGACGGGAUAUCUGAAGAUUGACGGUCAGCGGUAUCCAGCAGAGGUGACAGACCUGAUCAGUGAGGGCGAGAUCGGCAGUGGCACCUGUGGACAGGUCUUCAAAGUACGAUUCAAGAAGACGGGCCAUGUCAUCGCUGUCAAACAAAUGCGUCGUACAGGAAACAAGGAUGAGAACAAGAGGAUUCUGAUGGACCUGGACGUGGUGCUAAAAAGUCACGACUGCCCUUACAUCAUCCAGUGCUACGGCGCCAUAGUUACCAGCACGGAUGUAUUCAUCGCCAUGGAGCUAAUGGGAACUUGUGCAGAGAAGCUGAAGAAGAGAAUCCAGGGCCCCAUCCCAGAGCGAAUCCUCGGAAAGAUGACAGUUGCAAUAGUGAAAGCGUUGCUGUACUUAAAAGAGAAACACGGUGUCAUCCACCGCGACGUCAAACCUUCUAACAUCCUUCUGGAUGCCAAAGGUCAGAUCAAACUGUGUGAUUUCGGCAUCAGUGGGCGCCUCGUCGACUCCAAGGCCAAGACCCGCAGUGCUGGCUGUGCCGCCUACAUGGCACCUGAGAGAAUAGACCCUCCAGAUCCCACCAAACCUGACUAUGACAUCCGAGCAGAUGUGUGGAGCCUUGGCAUCUCUCUGGUGGAGCUUGCAACGGGACAGUUUCCAUACAAGAACUGCAAGACAGACUUUGAGGUUCUGACCAAAGUGCUGCAAGAAGAUCCUCCUCUGCUGCCUCUCGGCAUGGGCUUCUCCCUCGACUUCCAGUCCUUCGUCAAAGACUGCCUCACAAAGGAUCACAGAAAAAGGCCAAAAUAUGACCGGCUGCUGGAGCAUAAUUUCAUCCGGCGUUACGAGGUGCUGGAGGUGGACGUUGCCGGUUGGUUUCAGACGGUGAUGGAUCGCACCGAGUCGCCUCGCAGCAGCCAGUGUUACAGCCAUCAACACCAGCUCCACUCGCUCUUCAGUAGGUAGCCUAGCCCAGCCCGACGUUAGCUUAGCUAUACGCUAGUCUAGCCUAGUUUAGCUAGGCUAGACCCAGACUGGGUCUGUCCUAGUCUAGUUCAGCGUCAGCAGCUAAGCCUAGCGUUAGACCCAGCCCACCUGUCCAUGUGUCCACCGGAGAAACCCGAAGAGGGGGAGGAAGCAACGGAGCCUCGAGGGAGGACCGAUGGAUGGACAGAUGGAAUGAUGGACGGAGAGAUGGACUGAUGGAUGGAUGGACGGCACAGGUGGUUCUCUUCAUAAUAACAUCCUAUCUGGACAGGCAGACGUGGGGGAGGAAGGAGCAGAAAAGGGUUGACACUGUAGUUAGCUUCUUUUGUUUACCCACCGUUACAUCUUGUUACACUAUCAUCGCCUCACAUCAGUGUGUGUACACACACACACACACACACUUCAAUACAAACACACACUUCAAUACAAACACGUGUGUCUUCCUUGCGUUAACACGUUUCCUCCACUUGUCAUUAGUUUUUCACCUACACGUCUGUGUCCCGCAUUGAUCCAAGCCAUUGGAUUAGUCAACAGAGUAGUCACUACACACUGGAACAAAGCAUGUGCUACAUUAGCAGUCAUGAGUCGCUCUUGUACAUAAACGUUAUGGAAGAGUGUGCGUGUGCGCGUCUCUUUUAGUCAUUUAUUCAUGUUCACACUACAGCUUUAACACAAACGAGAACAAAUUAAUGUAAAAACAGUUAACUCUCACUAACACUUCUGUGAAAUAUGUUUAGAAUCAUCAUCAUUGUAUUCAGCUGCAUAAUUGGAAAAACCUAAUGAAAAAUGAAUUACAAAAAAAUUAGUGUUGCAUCCUAGUUAUGUAGAGUAGGAGUCGAUUUUGCUUUGAGUUUGUGUUGGAAGAUUGUGGAGGGUUACGGAGGGAGACUAAAAAGACGGAAGAUGAGUUAGAGAAGAGUCAAGGAGAAGAAGAAGAGGGUGGGAGUUGUGCGGUCGUUGACCAUUUGGAAAGACUGAAUUGCUGUUACUGGUGCGAGAAAGCAACGAGAGAUUGGAGGUAGAAAUGGGAGCUGAGGAGGCUGAGAAUGAGAGCUCGUCUUGUAGAAAGGAUAAACAUGGAGUAAAUCUUAUUACCUGUGGAGUAUUUCUUUACUUCACUCUCUGUUUGUCUACCUCUUCUUCUUCUUUGUCCAGCUCUGUCUGCCUAUGCUGUGUAGUGCGAUGUCCGACUCCACAGUGUUUCCAGACCAAAGGAUGCGCGUAGGUUGUUGCUGGUGGAGGCCAAGAGACGUAGACCUGCUCCUGGGAAAUUUUAGACAUUACACAGACACACUUGAAAAAGCAUAUCUUGGUGUUUUAAGAGCUGAGAGCAGGAGUUUCAGUUAACUAGCCCAGGGCCCACCCACCUUAAAUAUUGAUUGUUAAAAAAAAGAUUGUGUCAAGGACAAGCCAUCCAAAACCUAAUUAUCGAAAUUGUUGUGGUUAUCUUUUCUAUCGAUCAGCUUAUUCCAUUGAUCAAGAAAUGGUUAUAGGCCUACUAUUAGCUGCUUUGGCUAGUGUUCAGAUUUCAUGUAGCCUACCAGACUCUAGUGCGGACGGAGUGUGUCACACCUGAACUGGUCAGCAAACUUUAUGAGCACAGGUCUACAGAGGCUGACUGACUAGAGUCCUACUGCCUCCCCUGUUACAGCCAAAGCCUGCUAGAUGUGCAGACUCAAACCUCCCACACCCCCAUCACGCAUCCAAACCAAAUCACUGCUAGACACAGGGACCCGAGGAGUGGCGUCGACCAAGACAGGAAACCGUAAAGUGUCAAGAGAGAGUGGGUGAGAGAUCCAGGAAUGUUGCCAAGAUGGCAGGAAAGAGGAUUUGAAAGGAAAUGACGGGAGAGAGAAAAAAAAAGAGCGGAGAGGACAGAGUGAGGUGAGAAGGAAGACGGGGAGUGUUGAGAAAGUGGGAUGGGAAGUUAAAGAAAAGUCGGAGACAGACUGGAGUUGGACGACAGGAAGUAAGAGUUUGAAAAGGGAGACGGGGAAACAGAGAAGUGAAAACACCAGGCAGAGUUUCACAGGACUGCCGAGCUCUGAGGCCAGCUGGUUACUGUAAAAAGCUUUCAUGGUGGUAUACCAACCCACCAGUUAUUGAUUUUAGCUUGUUAGUUACAGUGUUGUGUUUAUGAUGUUGAUGUUCUGUUCAAACACUUUUAUUUAUUACAUUGCUACUGCUGCUAAGUUUUUAUUGCUUUAGACACUGCUGUCACUUCUUCUCCCCAAAGGAUAAAUACUUUAUUCAUUUUCUUUUUAAAGCCAAAUAAAUGAAAUAAUGCAAAGUACUACACGUUUUACCAAAUACCGAAGAGCAAGUGUGAAGAGAGCAGAAGCAAGUGAGAGGUGGGCGAGAUGGAUUAGAGGAGAAGGUGCAGGGAGGUUAGGUUCACAAAAAGCACUAACUCACACAAUAUGAACACACGCCACGCCUCAAAAGUAGCUGUAUGUAAUAGAAGUAGUUAAUCAUGUGUAUCCCAUUGUCUCACUACAUCUCUGUACAGCAUACUGUAAAUACGAUGAGAGGGGGAUGUCUGUCUGUCCAGAUGCUCCGUGACACGUCCGCCCUCCCCUCCGUCCGUCCGUCCGUCCACGGGUCGCCUGCGAGCUUGACAACCUUGACAGUUCACACCAAAGGUGUCCACAACUCAACAAAAGAAUACGAGAGCGUUGUUGUUGUUGUUAUCGUUAUGACUAUUGUUAUUGACAUUAUAAUUGAUUACUCUCAGCUAUGAUAUAUAUGAAAUCUCUCUAGAGCUAGUGGGAGAGGGGGGGAGUGCUGUAGUAUAGCAGUGCCGUGUGUGUGUCAUGUACUGUGCAGGGGGAGACUGGUGAUCUAACACAUGACGAGGGCCGAAGCAAUAACGCCAGCUAUCAUCUUUCUGCUCAGUUGAACUCGCCACUGGCCUGUAUCAGGAAGUUACUUCAACUCAGUCCGACUCUCUCUGUGUGUUUACUCUGGGUUCACUAACCCAGCUAAUACACAGAGAGGCAGAUGCUUAAUUACAAGCUACGUGAAUGUCGUCGAAGAUGCAAUGUCAUCACAACUUGAAUAAGGUUGAUAAUAACUACAGACAGUAGGUCAUUAUAGAGGGUAACUCCAGUAAUUUAAUACUGCAUGUGAAAACAUUUGGGGUAAGACAGGUUUUUUUAAGCAUUAGAAGCUUUAGAGGCAGAGAUAUCCCGACUGUAGAUCCUACAUUUGCCAUAUUUUUAAAUUGGAGUGAUGUUAACCAGCUCAGAUGGCUCUCUAUGUUACCAAGGAGAUUUAUCCCAUGAAAAAAUGUGCCCACAGAUAGCUCACGUCGCUUCACGAUACAGGCCCCUGAGCAGACGAUAGCGAGAGUCGGCACAACUCUGUUAGCUCGGCCCUUGUGACCUGGACCUGAUUUAAAGCCACGGUUUACCUUCAACCAUGAGCGGGGGGGUUUGUCCUGCUCAGCCUCCCUGCUCAAACUUGUUGUAUAUAAACCUGGAUCUGGUGCUUAGCAUCCAUCAGCUGUACUGCGCUGCCAGCACAGCCUGAGGUGCAUCAUUGGUGCAGUUUCUAGGAGACGGUGCAACUGCAGCGUCACUACAGCGCUCACUGUUCAAACUCUAUGUUUGUGUGUCUUGGCUAACUCGUGUCCAAACACAAACGUGGACCCAGUCUCCCACUGUUCCUGUUCUCUGUUAUAAAGCUGAUGUUGUAUUUUACAAAUGCACACGCGUGCACGCACACAAACACACACGUGUGCUCGACUGCGCGGUUGCCGUGCAUUUCCAUCCAAACACCUGACUGGGAGACGGUGCCAUGCUGCACGUCUGUGAAACCAAUCAGUCCGUUCAGGCUACGUGUGCGUCUGACUGUGUGCGUGUGUGUGAGGAAACAAACUGUCUGUUUACCAGUUUGCACACACACACCAAAUGUAUAAAGUUGUCCCGUUCUACACAGCAAUGCUGGCUACUGCCAACAGUGGCUUUAUGUGUAUAUUAGCUCACUGGGUGGGAGGCCAGCGGUUUGUAAAUACAGCUAGUUCAUAGCGCGUAUACCUACGCUAUGCCUUGGCACCAAGUGAGAGUGUGCGUGCGUGCGUGCGUGCGUGCGUGCGUGCGUGCGUGUGUCGUCACCCCAUCUGUAAGUAAACCAAAUAUCAUUUUCACUAUGCAGUCGUUCAAACCAUGUCAGCUUGCUUGGAUGGGAAAAAUACAAGCCUCCUGUAGAUACACAGAUAAAGUGGAGUUAGCGACGGUGUGUUUUUGUUUCGGAGUCCCUCCGCCCACAGCUAGUUCACAGAGAAGAGAGCGAGAGCAAGACAUAUGUUUUGAAUGAGCUGACAAAUUAUUUAUGGAUUGUAUUUGGGUCGGGGAGGGACGUGGGUUAGAUUUGGGCUUUGUAGUACGGGGGGAGAUGCAGAUCAAUGCUGUAAAGUAUAUCAAUUGCAUGUUAUUGUCACCGCUGUAACUGCCAUUGUUUUUGUUUGUUAUUGUUGUUGUUUUUGUUUGUUUGUUUUUUCUUCCAAGACACAAACAGUCGGUUGGGGCGGGGAUGCACAAAAACGUUAUCCUUAUUUAUGAUUUUUACACAUAGUCUGUUUUUUUGUUGUUGUUGUUUUUUUCUGGGGCGAAAAUGUUGAAUUUAUUGUGUUCUUAGGAAAAGACACACUUUAUUUGCCUUUUUUUUUUUUUUUUAGUUCUCUGUCAAAUUUGCAAUAUAUGGACCCAUAACUAGAUGACGAGGAGGAGGAGCAGGAGGAAGAGGAGGUGCUGUAUCUUUAUUUGCAGACAGUGUUUGUUUGACAAAUGUCCUGUUUCCCCUCAUUCACGUGCCGUGUGUCUCUUUUUCAUUUAGCUGUGAGGGAGCGAGCCGAGAGAGUGUGAUGUUUAUUCGUCUACCAAAAGUCUUUAUCAAUGGUGAUUAUUAUUAUUAUUAGCUUUUAUUUUUGUUAAUUGUUUUGUUUUAUUACUAUUAUUACUGUUAUUAUUAUUAUUAUUUGUGUUGUUGUUAUUAUUAUUAUUAUUCAGGGCAAAGACGACACCAAAUUGAACAAAGAAAUAAAUGGGUGAUCCCAGACAGACAGAGCUGAGAGCGUCUCUCUCAGGGUUUCUUUUUCUGGCGAGGUGGAAGAAUCCUUAUCUCACCACUACGCUGUAGUGUCUGUCCACCUUAUGUAAACCGCCACAUAAAGAUGACCUCUGAACUGAAAGACAAAUAGUAUUUUUUUAUUAUCAUUAUUAUUAUUAUUAUUAUUAUUAUUAUUAUAUAUUGUUUUCCUUUGAUCAGAUAUCAUGAUCGAUUUAUUUCUUGUUACCCCGGUUAGGGUCAUAAAUUGUUUGCUGUUAUUUUAUGCAUCCCACUCCGUUUGUCCCUGCCCACAGCUUUUGGAUUUUUUUUAUUUUAUUUUAUGAUUAUUAUUUGUUUCAUUCUUUCUGGUUUGUCUGAUGCUGUAGUAUUGAGCUGAUUGGUCCCAUACCAGAGCUUUUAUUUUUUCCGUAAUGCUGAGACUGUCGUGACUGAUGUUGCACUUGUGAUGGGUUUUUAUUUUGUUUUGUUACGUUUUGUGUUGCAGAUUUUGGAUUGUUGUGCGGAGAGGAGAAUAUUGGGUGUUUUCCUUAUUUUCUUAGUCACAGCAGUUAUUCUAUCAAUCAUAUAGAUCUGUGACACAGAACAAGAAAAUGAUUCUACAGUGUAUUUUUUUCACUGAUAUUUAUUUAUUGGUCAUUUGUAUGUUUAUUUUUUGUUUGUUUGUUUAUUUUUAUGCGUAUUGCUAUUUUUUAAUGUGGAGGGCAAACAGGACUCAUGUGGAGGAGUAGUCUCUCGUUGUCAUUUUACCAUUGUGUACAGAAAACAAAAUGUUGUAUUCAACCAUCACACUAACAUAAAGUAACACAUUGACAGGUGAAACUAGAAACCGUGUCAUUCAUCACACUGAGACGCUCUGACAGAAACACAUGGUGGAUUUUAACUUGUGCUCUGCGAAUAACUCACAAUUAAAACUUGUUUUUGAAACUUGGAUGGUUUAAUCGGUAAAAGUACUGAACGCCGUCUACAAAGCAGACAACAUUUUUGUUUUUAAGAUAUUUGAGCUGAUGAUAACUACUAUGAUAGUGGACUGAUUGGCUUGUUAUUAAUCUGCUCUCCCUGUUGGCCAUAUUGGGAAACACCUGCUUUGAAGUGUCAUUGAGGAUUGUUGCUUGGAUUUGGCUGUAGAUUGCAUGAGUUUGCUAGUUUGCAGGGGGGGAGGGGGGAGUAGCGGAUUGACUUCAUUCACCGCCCUUCGCAGUUCAAAGGCUCCAUGUACCGAACGUCACCACAGAUAUGUUGUCCUGACAGUCGUAUCCGUGGACACAGCUUUACUUCCUGUUUCUUUGAAUUUUUGUUUUUGUUUGCUUGUUUUAUUUUAUUUUUGGCUGUAUUUUAUCCCCCCCCGUGUCAUUUCAAACAGAUUAAAUGCCAUUAUAUUGUGAAUACCUCAGGAUUUUUUGGAGAAAAAAAAUCAAUAAAACACUUAAAAAUAAAUAAAUAAAUAAACAAAAACUCAUAAAAAUAAAAA